ACAGGCCUAGGCUGGGCACGACCGGUGUGGAGCGAUGAACAACAGCCACUCCCAACCCUGGCUGACUUAGAGGUCUUCAAGGAAAGACCGCCCUGAUUUCAAGAGGCUUCAGCCAGAUACCGAAUUCUCCAAUUCCUUUUACAGGGAAUUUUUCUGUGCUCUGGAUCCCUUGGGCAGUCUAUGGAUCUCUUCUCUGAAUAACGUUUUUAGAUACAAAAAUACACAAGAUUCCAAAGGAAACCAAUUCUAAUGUUAUACAGGUAGCAAAAUAAAAUAAAAUGUAAAAACCUUUAAGCACCCCGGGCUGGAAGCUCUGUUCUAAAGAAUUAAGGGGCACUUUUCUUAGCUUUUGUCUCUGGCUUAAUGAAUGGAGGAGGAAGGUGAGAGCCGCGGACUUUACUUUCUUGAUUUCCGUCCAAAAACAGGUUUUGUGUUGGUUGUCGCUCGGAUAAUCAGAACCCAGAAAGAACUUUUCCUUCUGGUUCACAAAAAGCGAGGCACAGCUCGCAGAAGCACCCCGUAAGGUCUGCCAAGCCCAGGCUCCCAAGUGCCAAGAAUGGCCCGAGAAUUCGAUUCACUGAAAACUUUGACAGACACAAGCUUAAACGCCGUGAGCCCCUUCAUUCAGAAGCAGCUAUUCUGAGGGCUGUUCCCUAUUUGCUACGUUGUAACCAGCGUGAAGAGCAGAAUUUUUAAACAUGAAAAUGAAGAAAAGGAGAGUCUCCCGGUCUGCCAACUCCUAUUCAUUCUCCCCAACAGCAUAUGGGACUAUUCUCCUGCGGGUCCUGCCUCUUUCUUCGGCUAAAGCAAAAGCAAUCAAGCCUGUCCCGCCGCAGACCAAACCCCACUCUUUGUGCCCGAGCUUGGCUCGCCAACGCACCGACUCCCCCCUCCUCCCUCCACCUCCACCUCUUCUGGCCUACAAGUAGACAGUGGCUAGCUCUUUUUCGCCGGGAAGCGGAUGCAGUGAUUGGGUGACGAUCCCUUAGCCCACAAGUUCCGCGUCGGUUUCAAGGCUCCUCCCUCUAAGUGAAAGACAGACUCCGGGGCGCCUGGAAACCGGUCGGGGAGAGGGAGAGGGAGAGGGAGCCCAGUUGAGGGAUUGACACAAAUGGUCAGGCGGCGGCGGCGGAGGCGGAGGCGGAGGCGGAGGCGGAGGCAGAGGUGCGCUCUCGCCGGGGCCCGGGACGCCGGAGCUGCGCCGCUCGCCGCCGAGCGGCAGCGCCCGCCGGACAAACCGGCACUCGGGGCUCUCCCCGGUUCGACCCCCGCCGACACUUCAUGAAUCGUCAGUUUCCGCGGCGGCGGCGCCGGCUGCGGGACGCGGAGCUAGCGCAGGGCGACGAGGGCAGCAGCUCGGGCGGAGCGGCGCCCGGGACGGGGCUGAGAAAGUAUGGCUGAGCUGGGGGCUCCUAGGACGGUCGCGACCGGCGGUGAGCGCCGGCAACUUUGUGCGGCGGCGCUCGGGAGAUUGCCGCUGCCGCUGCUACUGCUACUGCUGCUGCUGCUACUGUCCGCGCUGCCGUCGGGGGUCCGGACGCAGGCGGCCGGGCAGGGGCAGGGGCAGGGGCCGGGCCCCGCCGGGCAGCCACCGCAGCCUCCGCCACCGCAGCAGCCUCAGGCGGGAGGGCAACAACCGCAGCCCCAGCCCCAGCAGCAGUACCACGGCGAGCGCGGCAUCUCCAUCCCGGACCACGGCUACUGCCAGCCCAUCUCCAUCCCGCUGUGCACCGACAUAGCCUACAACCAGACCAUCAUGCCCAACCUGCUGGGCCACACGAACCAGGAGGACGCUGGGCUCGAGGUGCACCAGUUCUACCCGUUGGUGAAGGUACAGUGCUCGGCUGAGCUCAAGUUCUUCCUUUGCUCCAUGUACGCGCCUGUGUGCACAGUCCUGGAGCAGGCGCUGCCUCCCUGUCGCUCGCUGUGCGAGCGGGCCCGCCAAGGCUGCGAGGCACUUAUGAAUAAGUUCGGCUUCCAGUGGCCCGACACGCUCCGCUGCGAGAAGUUCCCCGUGCACGGCGCCGGCGAACUCUGCGUGGGCCAGAACACGUCGGACAAGGGCACCCCGACCCCCUCGUUGCUCCCAGAGUUCUGGACCAGCAACCCCCAGCACGGGAGCGGAGCCGGAGCCGGGGGUGGCCGCGGAGGAGGCGGCAUCGGAUCCGGGGGCGCCUCCUCCUCGGAGCGGGGCAAGUUCUCCUGCCCGCGGGCGCUGAAAGUGCCCUCCUACCUCAACUACCACUUCUUGGGGGAGAAGGACUGCGGCGCCCCAUGCGAGCCCACCAAGGUGUACGGCCUCAUGUACUUCGGUCCGGAGGAGCUGCGCUUCUCCCGCACUUGGAUUGGCAUCUGGUCUGUGCUCUGCUGUGCCUCCACGCUCUUCACGGUGCUCACGUACCUGGUGGACAUGCGGAGAUUCAGCUACCCGGAGAGGCCCAUCAUCUUCCUCUCAGGUUGCUACACUGCAGUGGCUGUGGCCUACAUCGCCGGCUUCUUGCUGGAGGACCGGGUGGUAUGCAAUGAAAAGUUUGCCGAAGAUGGGGCCCGAACGGUGGCCCAGGGCACCAAAAAGGAGGGUUGCACUAUCCUUUUCAUGAUGCUGUAUUUCUUCAGCAUGGCCAGCUCCAUAUGGUGGGUGAUCCUCUCUCUCACCUGGUUCCUGGCAGCGGGGAUGAAGUGGGGCCAUGAGGCCAUUGAGGCCAAUUCACAGUAUUUCCACCUGGCAGCCUGGGCAGUGCCAGCCAUCAAGACUAUCACCAUUCUGGCACUGGGUCAGGUGGAUGGAGACAUACUCAGUGGGGUGUGCUUUGUCGGGCUGAACAACGUGGAUGCUCUGAGGGGCUUCGUGCUGGCACCCCUCUUUGUUUAUCUCUUCAUUGGUACCUCCUUUCUCCUGGCUGGCUUCGUGUCACUCUUCCGAAUCCGAACCAUCAUGAAGCACGAUGGCACCAAGACGGAGAAGCUAGAGAAGCUCAUGGUCCGUAUAGGAGUCUUCAGCGUCCUCUACACGGUACCUGCAACCAUUGUCAUUGCCUGCUACUUUUAUGAGCAAGCCUUCAGAGAACAGUGGGAACGAAGCUGGGUGGCCCAGAGCUGCAAGAGCUAUGCCAUCCCUUGCCCUCACCACCAGGGUGGUGGCGGUGGCCCUCCCCACCCACCCAUGAGCCCUGACUUCACAGUCUUCAUGAUCAAGUACCUCAUGACAUUGAUUGUGGGUAUCACCUCUGGGUUCUGGAUCUGGUCAGGAAAGACCCUCAACUCUUGGAGAAAGUUCUAUACCAGACUUACCAACAGCAAACAAGGGGAAACCACCGUUUGAGAGGGAAACGUCCAUCCCACAGGCACACAGCCCCAACAAAAAGCCAUUUCCAGUUUCCUCUACUUUCCCAUCCCUGAAAAGGUAGCUCCAUCGGAUUCAUUCCACUUGUUUGACUCUGGGCUGUACGUGGGCUCUUUCCAGAUGUGCUUCCUCUCACACAUUUAAAAAACAAACAAACAAACAACAACCUUCAAAUCUCUAGAACCCUCCCUGGAAGCAAGCAAACAAGGGGACUUAACUGCUAGGAGAGAUUUGGGACAUACUGAAUAUUGGCACCUCACUCUCUGGUACCAAGACUUUAUGGUUUUAUGAUUGUAAAUAGCCUGUGUAAGAUUUUUGUAAGUAUAUUUGUAUUUAAAUGAUGGAAAAAUCACGUUUUUAAUUAUUUAGGGAUUUUUAACCAUUCCCAGAUUUUCUUCCCUGGGUGUUUUCCUCCCCAAAUAUUCCAAAAAGAAAAGGGGAGGGGGGCUCCCAUUCCCUCCUUCACACAGGUUUUUCAGAGCCAUCUGCUCGGGGUUGAGCAGAGAAGUCUUGAUUUUGUUGCCAUGUCUGACAAUUAUCCCCUCCUUUCCCUCUGACCCCACCUCCCUUUCUGAAGUGGGGUGGGGGAAUUCAGAUCUCUUCCAGCCUUCCAAACCCUAAACUGGGAGCCCUGCCAGUCCCAAUUCCACCCUCCCCUGGGGGCAGAUUCUGAAGCCUUGUCUUUUUACUUUAUAAAACUGAAUUUUCUAUGUGAACUGUGCUCAAAGCUCACCAGGGACCUGACAGAUUGUGGGUGCUGACAGUCCUCAGCCUUCUACCACAACCCACCUCUCAUUCCCAGGCACUCUUAAUACUGACAUUUAACCUGGUUUGAGGGUGAAUAGGAUGUGAAUUCCAAGCUUGUUUUCCAGUCUACUUUUUUAUGGAUGAACUCAUUUUUUUUUUCCCUGAGUGUGUAAAAUCUGAAAUAGAUUUGGCCAACCUCAUGGAAAAAAAUGUGGUGACUGAGCUUUCAGAAGAGGCAUCACACUUUGUGUGGGUUGGAAGAGACUGAAAAUGGUGGUUUGAAAAUGUUAAUUUCAAUUGUAGACUCAUUUUUGGCAGUCUGCCUCCUCGAUUGAGACAGCUCAAGUGUUUAUAGUUUACUCUUCUGUAAACAAAACAGUUGAGAUCACCUGGAAAUCUUUAUUGGAAAAUUGAUAUUUAUUGUCAUUAACAGAACAACAAAAUAUAAACAGGAUCAGAAAACUUAAGGAGUUUAGGAAUAUGGGUUUUCUCACAGUGUAUUGCUCUAGUCACUUUUUGAGAUCAAUUUACAAAGGAGUUACUAAUUAAUCUUAUAAUGCAGAACUCUGUAAGCAAGCAAACAAAAAAUGUACAUUGUUAACCCAUUCUCCUUAUUAAAAAACUGAGACUAGGUAAUGGGGUGGGGGAGGGGGGAAACAGUCCAUACCCCCUGAUGAAGAACUUGAGAAGAUCCUGGAAGGUUCACUUCAUCAUUACAAUGAUAUUGCAUACUUACAGGGAGAGAAGGAGAUCAAGUUCUGCUCCCCAAAAAACGUGGGUGCUUCUCCUUCCCUCACAGAUUAGUACAUGUAAAAAAAAUGAACAAAUCAUAUUUUUAUUUUGUGAAUUUGUGUGGAAGGAAAGGAGGAGAAAUGCAGUUGUCCUGAUUGCAUUGUUUUAAACUUUAAGAAUAUAUCAUAAAGGCUGUACUUAAGGUCCUAAAUUAAUCUGUGACUGUCAUAACCCUAAAAUGCAAAGGUUUCUUUUUUUAAAAAAUUGGUAUGCAUUUAUUCUGUUCACUAUCACAAGAUCAUCUAUAUUUAUAGAGGAAUAGAAGUUUAUAUAUAUCAAAUAUCAUAUUUUUAAUUUCGCAAAUAAAAAAAUUGAGGUUUUGUAUAAAA